AUCGAUUGGUUGAUUGAUUAGUGAUUUUAUGGCAAAAAAAACAAUAUAUGAUAUCCUAUGCUAUGAAAUGAUAACAUAUUUAAAAUUGUGAUUAUAAUCAAUGCGAUUAUUAUUAUUAUCGACGGGUGUAUACUAUAGUAUCAAGUGAUUGGUGGCCACCACUUGUUGGUCAACAACAACAACAACAUCAACAACAAGUGUUAAGACUGGCGACCGACGAGUGUUUGAUGAGAUCUGAUAACCGGUUGUUCCGAAGAUAUCUGAACUGAAGAGAGAGAGAGAGAGAGAGACCAGAAUAUGACGUCAAACAAUGGCCAGCAAUGCAGUGGUGCCGUCGGCGGCAGCGGAGAGCCGAUAGUACGGCCAAAAGGAUCGUACGCUUCGAAACAGAAACGAUUCGGUGCGGCGCCGUUGGCCUCGUUUGAAGACUUGCCCAGCGAUGACCAAAUCAGUCCCGACGACGACGACGACGACAAUGACGAAGAGUUUGUUUGCGAUCCACUCGAUGGUCAUCCGACGGUAUUGGAUUUGGACAGCAGUCAGCUACUGAUGCAGAACCGACGGUCCGAUAACAGUAAUACUAGUCCGGCGCUGAGUCCGACACUGACGAUAACGCCGACCAGCGGCGGCGGUGGCGGCGAACGCAAAGCCAGUUAUAGUCUGUCGCAAAAUACGCUGACCGAUGAUGGCGGCAGCGGUUCUGUAACACCGGUGGCCGCCAGCGGCGGCGGCGUCGGCAAUUCCGAGUCAUUGUUGAGCAUUGGUAGUCAACACCGGCCCGCAACCGGCGGUUCGCACGGCUCGUUGCUUACUGUUCCCGAUGGCGCCGAUGGUUCUAAGUCGCCGACAACACCCGAUUCGAAACGCAAGAGUUCGUGGACCGACAUAUUCUUUGCCGGUCGGGGCGGUCGUACCCGAAGCAAGUCUACGUCCAGUUCCCCGCGCAAGAGUCCGACGACUUCAGGCGAACGCAAGAAAAGUGUUUUCGCAAAAUUCAUUAGUUUCGGUCGAAAAUCGCCGUCGCGGACAUCGAUCUCAGCCGAUACUACAACACAAAGUGGCGAACAGUCAUCGGCCAUAGAGUUGUCGUCCACUGGUGGCGGUGUAGAUACACCGAGAGUGUCGGUAACCGAUACCAGCGAAAACGAACCGAACGAAGAACUGAUGAUCGGUUCGCCAAUCAAUGAACCGGAAGCGUCCGAACAGGACAUUAUCGGUAUCAUCGAAGCGGCGGCCAGUAAUCAGCUGAUGAUUUCGACACCAGUAGACGCCAGUGGACCAGAUGCUGAACCAUCGCUAAUUUCAGUGCCAUUACCGCCGCUUAAUUUGAGAAAAAAAUUGAAACGCCGCCAAUCGACCAUCGAUGACGAUGUACAGAGUUUGCCAGAAAUACUUCCCAGUAGUCGAUCCAAUAGACAAUUGAUUUCUCAAAAUUUAGCCAAUAAUAAUAAUGAUAGUCAUAAUAAUAAUGAUAAUAAUACGGAAACAGUUGUCGUCCAAAUUGAAUCCUCUGCCAAAUACGAGGACAACUCUUCCGAAUCGGAGAUAGGAUUUGAUGAAAGCAAACUCAAAGCCAAUAAUAAUACUAAUAAUAAUAAGGAAUCAAAGCAAUCAAAUGGCAAAAGUCUAUCAGAAAGUGAAGACGACUUCGAAGCCCAGAAUCUGUUGCUGUCGUCCACUCAGGAAGACUACGACGAAAGUUCCAAUAGUAGUGAACAACAGCUAUUCGGUUCAACAAAUCUGUCGCUACUAUCGCCGACAACGGCCUCAGCGGCAGCCGCUUGUCAGCUAAUAGAAUCAAUCAGAUCGCCGACACGUAAGGAACGACUGGAAGUGCUAACCAUACCGAUUGAACGGCCGCGAAGUACAACACCGAUAAACAUUGUACCGCUCGAAGCCUACAUAAGUUCGAGUUGUACGUCACCGGAUCCGUCGGUCGAAAAGAUUAAACUGUCGCUUCCGGGCGAACAGUUUACCGCAUCGGCCCGGGCCAAGAGUCCCCGAAAGUCUAACCCGUCGAUUUGGUUCGAGUUUUGCGAAAAAGGUCUCCAGAGUCCGUUGCAACGGCGCAAACAACGGGCCAACAGUUGUUUUCCCAGUGUUGACAGCACUACUUCACCUCAACAACAACUACAACCUAAUACGCCGUCGUUUUUGAAUAACAAUUCAAACUUUGACGCCUUCUCUUCGUCUGUGGUCUCAGUUAACAAUCCGUUAACAUUGUCGCCAUCGCCGGGCAAUUUGACACCAGUUACGCCAUUGGAAGGCUACGGCGGUGAUACUAAAUGGCCGGGUUUUGGCGACAAUUUUGUCAAUUAUGAUACAUUUUUUUCGAAUAAUUUUACCGACGGUGGCGGCGGCGGUGGUCUCGGUGUCGACAAGUUUUUGUGUAAAUGUGAGUGCAAUACAAACAACAAUACCAACAACUCGAGUGCUAAUACCUGUGCCGUUGAUGAACAACAACAACAACCAGACCAACAAAUACUACUUCAACAACAACAACAACAGCCGGUGAGCGCAUCCAAUGAGAUGAUGAUGAGCUUCUCGAUUGGCGACGAACAGUGUUUCAACAACAACAACAACAACAAGAGUAGCAUCGCUUCGUCAAACAAUACGACCACAACAUCCACCAAUCGUGACCACGAAUUCAUGGAAGACCAGCCGCUGGUCAGUCCGUGUCAUUGUCUGUGCCAUCGGCGGGCAGACUUUGCCUUAACUCUAUGGCGUAGUUCGUCGUUCAACAAACAAGAGAGCGUCUCAUCAGAUAUAUCGUCGGCCUCUUCACGCCUUAUCGGUUCCAGUUCUCAUUCAUCUAAGUGUUCGCCAUCUGAUGAUAUUAUCGAGUCUAUCAACUCUUGAGUUGUCAUUUAUUAUCAUCAACAACAUCGGUAAUCAUCACACACUAUACACACACACACACACACACACACCACGCAAACGCGCGUACGAUAUACAGUACAUAAACUCACUCACACACACACACACACUUACACGUGCAACACGUGUUUCUUGUGGUACUACUAACUAA